AUGCCAUCCGUGAGAGUACAGUACGAUUAUGCGGAAUUCACGUAUAUAUCACAGCCUUCAACGGUAUUGCAUGAUAUUUUGAUGGCAGCAUUACAGCAUUUCAAGAUAAAUAGCGCCACCACUCAGGAAUGGCGAUUGAUGCAUGGAGACCGUGAGUUGGCGCUUUAUAUGCGGCAUAGUCAGUCGAACUUACCUGCAGGUACUCUAAUAAAGCUAGUAAAAGUGGCUAAAGGCAGUGAUGGUCGCAUAGUAUCGAUUAAGUUCCAGGCAAUGGGGGUCGGUUCUAGUGUGCGCAAGAUAGCAACCAACACCUUUGUUGGUGAGGCCGUAAAAGAAGUUUGCUCAGCUGAAGGUUGGAAGAUAGGGCCUGAUUGUAACGUAGCAAUAUUUUCAAAAACAGAGGUUUUAGAGGAGUUAGAAAAUGUCACGUUUGCUGAAAUGGGAGUUUCAGAAGAUGUAGUUGUGCGACUAAGGCUACCUACUGAGCCUGUCAAAAAGCCAAAGAAGAUAAAUUCGAUAGUAAAGGCCCUUAAAACGUCCUCAUCAACCUCCAGUUCUCCUGUUCAAAGAAGUCCUGUUCAAAGAAGUCCUGUUCAAAAAAGUCCUAUUCCAAGAAGUCCUGUUCAGAGAAGUACUGAAACCACUUCAAGAAAUGGCCCCAGCUCAUCUGAGUCUAAGGAGCCUUUGCACGAAUCCAAACAUGAAUCUGAAAAGCCUUCACAUACACCCAAAGAAGAAUCUGGAACGCCUUUACAUACACCGACGCGCGAACCCAACAAACCUUUACACUCACCUAGUGUUUACAUACCGGAGUCUAAUCACGUAAGUGCAGGAGAUGCAACUGAAGAAAUGGACUAUGAAUUAUCCGAAGCCGAUGUCAUGAGAUAUCAACAGAUGCUAUCUGCUCGAGUAAACCAUGGACCAUUGAUGACACGCCGUUUAAGGGAAGAAUUGAACGCCGAGAAGCACUCAGUUACUGUAGAAAGAUGCAAUAUCCGUGUACGGCUGCCGGAUCUUAAGCUGCUUGACGUCAGUUUUGACAAAGACGAUACUAUGCAUAAUGUAUACGAUCUGAUAUCAAGGACUCUAAUCAGCCCAGAUAUUUCAUUUGCUCUAUUUCAGUCAUAUCCACACAAAAAGUUAGAAGAUUCGAAUGCCAAACUGGUGAGUGGUCUCGGAUUUGGCUCUAACACUCUACUUUUGCUAGAUACUACUCAUCCAGGUCCAUAUCUGAAGCAAGAAAUUCUGAAGAAAGCCAAACCUGUCAGCCAACCCACCAGUCCCAGUAAUGACAGCAAAACGGACGCUGAUAGUGUGAAGCGUAAAAUCAACCCUAUGAAAAAGAUUCCAAAGUGGAUGAAGUUAAGUAAAAAGUAA